UCAUAUUUAGUGACGGUCUUUCCUGGAGACAGUAGUUUCAUUGAGGCAUUCUGUCAAAUAGUUUACAUGCCCUGUCAAUGUUUCCACAUUCUGCAGACGUGCCUAACGGGGAGGCACAUAGGGUGGAAUUUGGCCUUACACUUGCGAGGUUUUUUAAUGACUCCAGUGGGCAUUUGUGGCAGUUUUAAUAUUUGUGUCAUUCAUUAAAAAAAACUACACAGUGCGUUCAUUGCUUCUGCAAUUUUGUUGCAUUCUCAUUUGGCAGGGGUGAAAGAUUUAAGGAAGCAGAACAUUUUGUUUGCGAAAAGUUUCCUAAGAAUCCAGGGUAUCCUUUGCACAACACAGUCUUACAAAUUUCACAUGCUUACUGCUCAAGUAUCUUUUGCAUGGGACAAUCUUCUAGCUUCGACAUGCUUGCUGCUCAAGGGUUUUAAGGACUGUGGGCUAUAGUUAGCUUCAUAAUCGAGAGUAUGCAGAGCGGCUGGGGUGGUGGCGCAAGUUAGCAGGAGGCUGGAGUGAUUUUCAUUUCAAGGCUGUCACAGCCAUGGAUAACUUAGUCUCUCGUUGCCAGGUUUGCUGUGUACAUUAACGAGGGAAAAAGAAUUCAGAUUUCUGAGAAGUAAUAUAAAGCUCAAGCUUGACUGAAUCAGUUGCAUAGAUUAUGCCAAAAUCAUAGAAGAUUAGUUGCUAAAAUCAGCAGAAAAUGGUUUUUCUGAUAUAGUCAGUGGCAGAUAAGUUUCUACUAUUUGUAAUUUGUAGAAAUCUACGAUAUGGCACGAGGACCGCCAAUUCCUAAACUUCUAGCUAGUAGACUCUCAUGCAUUAGAAAUGGCCAGAUGGUGCUUCGUGAUAUUAAUAUGACUAUGCAUAAUGGAGGUGGAAUGAUAUUAACAGGGCCAAAUGGUUCUGGGAAAACUACAUUUUUGCGUGUUUUAACAGGAUUUCUAAAACCUAGUGCCGGGCAUCUGUUAUGGAAUGGCCAUGAUGUGACAAACUCUAGUAUCUAUGAGCUAUAUAAAGUAGAACUGCAUUGGGUGGGUCUUAAGGAUGCGAUCAAGAAUAAAUUAAGUGUUGUAGAUAAUGUUGAAUUUUGGGAAACAUUGGAAGGUAAAAGUGGGAGGUCACGUAAGGCAUUGGAAUUCAUGGGUUUGGGACAUGUCAUGAAUGAACCAGCUCAGGUGUUAUCUGUGGGCCAGCGUAAAAGGGUGCAGUUGGCUCGAUUACUUGCAAUUCCUCGUCCAAUCUGGCUCUUAGAUGAACCUUCCGUUGGACUUGAUAAGGAUGGAGUGCAAAAACUGGAGUACAUAAUGGAAGAACAUCGCAGGAAGGGUGGAAUGGUUUUUGUUGCUACACACGUUCCAAUUAAGCUUAAAGAUGCUAUGCAUUUGCAAUUUCCGCCAAGAAUUUUAAAGUCUAAAACUUAUAUGGACCUUAUGUGAAGAAUUUUCUUUCUAAAUUAAGGUAAUCUGUCUGUUUGCAGAAGUAGAAACAUAUAACAAAUCUGUCUAGCUACAACAAUUUCAUGCAUUUCAAUUGUUUUUAGGCUGAAGAUAUGUUUAUUGGAUACAAUAUGUUUUACAUUUCUUGCAAGUCAUUAAUAUGUAGUAUUUUAGAUUUAGCUUUGAAAUGUUAUUAAGGAUUAAAGCGCUCAGAGAGACCCAAGAAGGCCUAUUUCAUGCCUGCCAAGAAUUUUAAAGUCUAAAACUUAUAUGGACCUUAUGUGAAGAAUUUUCUUUCUAAAGUAGAAACAUAUAACAAAUCUGUCUAGCUACAACAAUUUCAUGCAUUUCAAUUGUUUAUAGGCUGAAGAUAUGGUUAUUGGAUACAAUAUGUUUUACAUUUCUUGCAAGUCAUUAAGAUGUAGUAGUUUAGAU